CUUGCUUGUCAGUUUAUUACCUAACUUAAACUGAUUUCUAGCUAAAGCCCAGUUCACGCUUCCACCUCUUCUUACAAUGUCCGCAGUAGCACGGUUUAUCCCCCUUUUUGACAGAAUCCUUGUAACCCGAGCUGUAGCUGCCUCCAAAUCAAAAGGAGGAAUAAUGUUGCCAGAAUCCUCUCAAAAGAAGCUGAACGAAGGAACUGUCGUGUCAUGUGGUUCUGGUGCUCUGGACGCUGAUGGUGAUGUUAUCCCAGUAUCGGUAGCGGUCGGAGACAAAGUCCUUUUACCCGAAUACGGUGGUACCAAACUCAAUCUCGAUGAUGAGGAAUAUCUGUUGAUCAGAGAUUCGGAAAUACUCGGAAAGUUUGUGAAAGUCACAUCGGAAUGAGAUUCGUGUCUGUCCUGCGGCCUGCCGGAUCAGCAAUUCCGGAAUUUUCCUUGACCCUCGUACAUAAGCCUCUACACAGUGGAUACCCAAUAAUUAUCACGAACAAUCGACAAUAACUGCAGACAACCUUUUUUAUGCCUUAUUAAUUUAUUACUGUUCCUUCGUGUUUUAGAAA